CAGCGUCACACACGGCCACGCGCCCGCCGCGAAGACCUCCGUCUGUGACGAGAUGGUCCGUUUAAAUAAGUCGCGGUCCGAGCGGCUACUUGAGCGGCGAGCUGUGACGGACAUGCUCAGUCGCUCCGUAAGCGGGUAGUGACGUCACGGGCGCCAUAUUGAAGUGCUGCUGCUGCUGAUUUUUUGUUUCGGUCGCAGUGCCAGCUUUCUGUUUCCUGUUGGAUUACGGAGGGGAGAGAAAAUACAACAAUUAUGGAGAUCGAUACACUUCUGGAGGCUUUCAAAGAUUUUGAAAGGAAAGGGAAGAAAGAAGCGUGUCCGGUCCUAGACCAGUUUCUAUGCCAUGUCGCCAAAACUGGAGAGACUGUGCUCCAGUGGUCGCAGUUUAAAAGCUACUUCCUCUUCAAGCUGGAAAAGGUUAUGGAUGACUUCCGGGCCUCAAGCCCAGAGCAGCGUGGCCCGGCCAAUCCCAACGUGGAGUACAUUCCUUUCGAAGAGAUGAAAGAGAGGAUACUAAAGAUUGUGGAUGGGUACAAUGGGAACUGGGACCUUUAUGCUAAAGAAGCAUGGGAAAUGCAGAAAGGUCAGGUCUCCUGCCAAGGACACCUCCAGGAACUUACUGCUGCUGACCCUCUCCACUGCAGUGCCGUUGUUAAAUAUAUUUCUAGUAUGUUGUAUUGGUCAGACCUGUUAUUGUCCUGUAGAAUUGGGUACUUGGCACACCUCCUGCAGGUUUCCCUCCAAAUCUUUACAGCUACGGUGCUUGGCAGCCGCAUGAGCUCAUGUGUUUCUUUGUGUGUGUGUGUGCGCGCGCACAGCGCUUCCUCAGUAUCAGAAGCAGAGGGUUCCCUGGGCAGUCCAGUGAAGAACAAGCACAUAGAGGAUGACUGCUCCGUGGAGGCUGAGCAGCAUGAGGUCAAAAGGCUGAAGUUCGACAAAGAUGAGGCGGAGCAGAAUGAGAAUGAAGACGACGUUAAUGAGGAGCCGGUGGCCAGGGAGUCUGCUAGCCCGCCGGUUGCGGAGAGCUCCUGCGAGCGUCCCGAGUCGUCCUCCGAUGUUUGCAGUGAGGACGUGGACAGCAGAGCUGCAGACAUGCUGGUGUCUGAGGAUCAAGAGCCAUCGAGCACGCAAACAGAACCGCUGUCGGGGGACACUGGUGAGGACAAGGCGGAAAGCGAGGCCUUGCCUGGCUCCACCCAUACCUCUGAGGAUGGAAGUGAAAUGGACCAAUCAGAGCAGGUGGCUCAGUCUGCGAAGUCUGCCGUUCCUGAUGUCCGGGAAGGGGGACACAACAGUGACCCAGUCAGCAGUAGCAGCAACGAAGAAGGCCAGGCUAGCGACGAGCCCCUUUCUACCUCCCCCAGCAGUACAGCAGAGCUGCCAACAGAGGGCGCUCUGGAGAACAGUGGCUCCUGGAGACCAAAGGCCUCAGAGACUGUGGAUGAGCCGAUGGAGCAGGACUAACCCAUGUGCGCUCCCACCCCUAUUCCCAAGAGCUACACACCUCUGAUUUUUACACUGUAUCAUACAACAACAAUAAAAUCUUAAGAAAUUAAGCAGACCUUUCUUUUCCAGGAGAGGAUGGCCCUUUGUGGGCCCCCAGUGAAAGCUCCCAGGGCCCUUGGGCUGUAUUCCUUGUACGCCCCCCCCAUAGCCAUGCAUAAAUGUGUGCAGGUUUUUAUUUCAGAUUUCAUGUUUUUAAACUGGAAGAUUAUCUGCCCCCAUUGUUUCUGCAAGUUGUUGGUGUUCAUGUAAAACACCCCCCCUUACUGGUUAUUUUGUUUUUUUAAAUUUUUUUGUGGAUCCCUUUUUGUAGAGCUUCUUUGAAGGUACCCACUUUUUUUUUUGGUUGCUUGCUGUGGCUUUGGUGUGAGCAGGAGCCCUCCGAGCCCCCCCAUGCCAAUGGUUUGAGUGGUGCACAUAGCCUUGGGCAUUUUUUCUCCACCACCUCCUGGCGGGCGGUAAAUACACAUUCCAGGCCCCCGGCCCCCACCCCCCUCCCCCCCUCCGGCGCCUUGAGGUCCCAGCAGCACACGUCGGGAGGCAAGAGCUCUGCUAGCAAGCUGGCCUGAAACUCCCAGUCACACGGACCCUCUCUCCUCAUCCCCUUCCCUUUGUGUCAUUGCUAAUGUGCGCUGUUCACUGCGUUGAAAGAGUAAUCUAACCGACUACCAUUAGCUCGUUAAACGUUAAACUGCGCAGUGGGUGAUUUCCGGAUGCAUCGAACCACAGUAAUUUAUAUAAAAAAUUUUCAACUGAAUAACCUAUUUUUUGAGCAUAAUUUGGCAGCCAGUUCAAGUGUUUUAAAACCAGCUUGCAAUUUUUUUUUGUUACCCCACCCCCCCCCAUCUCCAUUCUUGAAGAACUACUGGCUGCCAAACCUGUACCUGUUUCUGCAACUGUACUUUUGAUAUUUAGAAUUUUUGAAUUUCUGUAAAGUAGAUUUUGUAGAUUGUAAUAAGUGUUCACUGCCUUUGUGAAACAGUAUAUAAUUUCUCUGUUAACUGAAUGCUUGGGCUUUCAAUACGGUAUUCAUAGAAAGCAAUAAAUGUUCAUGUUUUAAGUGUUGCUUUGGAUUUUUUUCCCCCCGCUCGGUCUUUUUCUGUAAACUCAGCUCCUCGCAUGCUUGGCAGCUGUAAAAAGCUUUUUGGCUGUUGUCACUAAGGUUGGCAACAAAAUUCUACAUACUUGUGACCGAGUCUCUGGUUGUGCCUUUGAUUCUGAAGAAGCUGAUUGAAAGUUCAUUGAACUGGGUUGUUUGUUUUUGUGUUUUUUUUUUUUGUUUUUUUUUUUUGUGUAUGGCAGGGUCGGUGCCGAUCUUUGAACGUCUCACUUCAGAGUGUUUAUUCUCCUGAUUUGAGUUGCGCAUUAAGAAAUGCGUGUGUAUAUCUCAGUGGCAACACAGCACAAAUGAAGGGCAUGCAUCUGAGAAGCAUGUGUCUGUGUGCCAUGUUGAAAUCACCUUUGGGAUAAUCAAUUGCCUGACUAAGGUUGAUAUGGUUGUGAUCCAUGUUGAAUGACUGUUCCUUGCACAUUGGGUUUAUCGUACCAUUAGUUUUGAACUUAACUGCGAAAGCCACUGCAUUUCUAUUCACUACUGAGAUAUUAUAAUAUUUUUUUUUUUAUUAUUUUUGAAUCCUGUGUUAAAACAGCAUAAAAUGUAACCUUUCAUACAAGACUGAUUUCCUUUAUCUGGUCUUGGGAAUAUUCUGGAACAUGGUUACCCCUGUGGAAAUACUUGUUAACCCUUGUGGGUGAUGUUUUUCAUUUUUUUUCUGUUUAUUAAUGAGGGUUAAUUAUAGAAUUGCUUAAUGAAUUUUUGACCCCUGACCUUAGUGUUACAAAGCCAGCAACUGUAGCCGUCUUCAUGCUUGGUCUGAUUUAGGAAAUGUCACUCUUAGUUUUACUUCUGCUGUGAGCUCAGCCAGCUGGUGUUUGAAGAGAAGUGGGCGUUUUCUGUAGGAGUUGACCUCUCAUUGUCUUCGUCUUUGUGCUGGUCCCUCUGGCUGUGAGAAUGAUGCCAAAGUUCCAUGAAAGCCAUAAUUAACUUUUUUUUUUUUUGUUUUUUUUUUGAGCUGAGUCCUACAGCCAAGUUUAUUAUACCCAGUUGUAAAAAAUAUGUAUUACUGUAAGAAAAAAGUAAUUAGCUUUGAAUAAAGUGUUUGCCAAGCAAGGAGUAAUAAAUCAGUCUGACAGCUCUGCA